AUGGCCACCUCACUGCCCGCCCCCCGCGGCAAACAGGAGCCACGGACACAUUGCCACCUAAACCUCCGGGCCCGGGCCAGGGCGGCCCGGAUGCAAACGCUACUCUGCUUUUUCCUGCGCUCUUCUGAGCUCCCCUGCGCUCUACAGCGCUCCUCUGCUUUCUCCUGCGCUCUUCUGAGCUCCCCUGCGCUCUUCGGCGCUCCUCUGCUCUCUACAGCGCUCCUCUGCUUUCUCCUGCGCUCCUCUGAGCUCCCCUGCGCUCUACAGCGCUCCUCUGCGCUUUCCUGCGCUCCUCUGCCCUCCCCUGCACUUUACUGUGCUCCUCCGCUCUCCCCUGUGCUCUAUGACGAUGCCCUGCACUCUACUAGUGCUGUAGUCCGCCACCCCCCCGCUCCGGCCUCCGGCCCCCCGGGAGGCGGGCUGGCAUCGCCCAGCCCCGGGAGGGCAGCGCCUCGGUCAGCCGCGCAGGGGGCAGGGGGCAGGGGGCAGGGGGCAGGGGCCACAGCCCGGGGACAGGGGGCACAGCCCGGGGACAGGGGGCACAGGCCGGGGGCCGGGGGCCGGGGGCCGGGGGCCGGGGGCCGGGGCAGCUUGGCCAGCCAGCCGGCUAGCACAUUGUCCGCUCCGGGCUGGGGCCGGCCCAAGCCCCAGCCGCCCGGGCACUUGGCCGCUGCCCCCUCCCUCCCUCCCUCCCUCCUCCCGGUGGCCGGCGCUGCCCCCUCUCUCUCUCUCCCCCUCCCUCCCUCCGUCCUCCCGGGUCCUGUUUGCGGGUCCCGGUCCCGGUGCCGGUCCGGCCCUCGGCCCCCCCGGAUCCCCCGGACCCCUCAGCCCUCGGCCCCCCCGGACCCCCCGGACCCCCCGGCCGUGGCUGCGGCGGCGGAGCAGGCAGACCAUCCGCACAAGUCCCGAAAUACUUGCAUAUGCCCGCCUCCCCGGAGCUCCUCGGACCACCCCGCACUCUCCCCAGACCAUCCCGGACCUUCCCAGACCAUCCCGGACCUGCCCGGACCCUCAUCGGACUUCCCCGGACCUGUCCGGACUUCCCUGGACCACCCAGGACCUGCCCGGGCCUCCCAGGACCGCCUCCCGCCCCCCCCCCCAGGACCAGCCCGGACCUCCCAGGAACCCCCCCCACCAGGAUCUGUCCGGCCCUUCCAGGGCCCCCAGGACCCCCCUCCCGAACCUGCCCUGACCUCCCAGGACCCUCCCGGACCCCCCAGGACCACCAAGGACCUGCCCGGACCCCCUAGGAUCUGUCCGGCCCUUCCAGGACCCCCAGAACCUGCCCGGACCUCCCAGGACCCCCCCCAGGACCUGCCCGAGUUUUCCAGGACCUCCCAGGACCCCCCCAGGACCUGCCCGACUUUUCCAGGACCCCCCAGGACCUUCCCGGACCCCCCAGGAUCUGCCCGGCCUUUCCAGGACCCCCAGGACCCCCCCAGGACCUGCCCGGACCCCCCAGGAUCUGCCCUGACCUCCCAGGACCCCCCAGGACCUGCCCGGGCCUCCCAGGACCCCCCCAGGAUCUAUCCGGCCCUUGCAGGACACCCCCCCCCCCCCAGAACCUGCCCGCACCUCCCAGGAUCCCCCAGGACCUGUCCGAGCCUCCCAGGACCCCCCCCUGGAUCUGUCCGCCCCUUCCAGGACCCCCAGGACCCCCCCUCCCAGAACCUGCCCAGGCCUCCCAGGACCCCCCCCCCCAGGAUCUGUCCGGCCCUUCCAGGACCCCCAGGACCCCCCCUAGGACCUGCCCGGGCCUCCCAGGACCCCCCAGGACCUGUCUGGCCCUCCCAGGACCUGCCCGGGCCUCCCAGGACCCCCCAGGACCUGUCCAGCCCUCCAUGGACCUGCCUGGACAGUUCCCGGCCCUCUGCAGCCCCCGGAUCGGGGGGUGCAGGAGAGCACAAGAAAGCCUUUACCUCUUCUUCCAGUAGUAGUAGUAGCCAUACUAGUAGUGAUAGUACUAUUACUGGUAAUAUUUAUUCAAGUGAGGUGUUGACUGGAUAUUUUGGGAAGGGUGACGGAGGGGAGAAAGAGAUCUCAUGGUGCAUGUGGUACACACAGGAAGAUGAAAACACAGCGAAAGAAAAGUUCCAUGGAACUUUAUUUUGUAAGCAGCUCCAGACUCAAGCUGACAUUUUCCAGCAGCAACACUGA